AUGCUUAUGAAUGAAGUUAUUAAAGCUCUUCAAGAGAUUUCUGUAAUCUUGAAAGAAAUUCAGAAAAUUCAAGAGAUGAACUUUAUUGCAGUCUCUGACAUAAAGAAUGCUCUUUAUUUGAAAUGUUCUUUUGAUGAGCAACCAAAGACUGGUGUGACUUCUUCUCAUGAUGAUGCUGAAAAAAAUAAUGCCAAAAAGAAUGAUGCUGAGAACAAGAAUGCCAACAACAAGAAUGCUAAUGAGAAGGAUGCCAACAAGAAGGGUGCUAAAAAUGAAAAAGCUGAUGCAAAUGUUACUUCUGAUGUUAGCAGUGAAGGAUUUCAAAACUGGUUUUUCAGUCAGGGUGAUCUAUAA